GGUAGACAAUCUGCGGUUUUAUAUUCACUGUUCGCAUGCCGUAUACUCCAUCUCGGGGGGAAUAUAAUCAUACCUAAGCUUUCUGCAAAUUUACAUUACAACCUACAAACACCUACAUACUUUGUAUCGAGAAUUCAAGUAUCCUCAUACCUUCCUACAUUAAUUCAAAUACAAUCAAAAUGAGAUUCAUCAUCAGAGACGGUAGAACUGAGGCUUCUGCCUAUGUUGCGCAGUACAUUGUUGAUCGUAUCAACGCUUUCGGACCAACCCCAGACCAUCCUUUUGUCCUUGGUCUCCCUACUGGUUCCUCUCCAAUUGGCAUAUAUAAGAUUCUCGUCGAAAAGUACAAGGCUGGUGAAAUCUCAUUCAGAAAUGUUGUCACUUUCAAUAUGGAUGAAUACAUUGGUAUUCCCCGCAACCACCCAGAAAGCUAUCACACGUUCAUGUACAAGCAUUUCUUCUCCCACGUUGAUGUCCUUCCUCAAAACGUCCACAUCUUGAAUGGCAACGCCGAGAACCUCGAGGCCGAAUGCGUACAAUAUGAAGAAGCUAUCAAAGCAAAGGGUGGAAUCGAUUUGUUUCUUGGUGGAAUUGGACCCGAUGGACACAUCGCAUUCAAUGAGCCUGGAUCUUCCCUCGCAUCUCGCACAAGAGUCAAGACUUUGGCAUAUGAUACAAUCAUCGCCAAUUCCCGAUUCUUCGAUAAUGAUCUGGAGAAGGUUCCAAGAAUGGCUUUGACAGUGGGUAUUCAAACAAUCUUGGAGGCUAGAGAAGUUGUCAUCAUUAUCACUGGAGCACACAAGGCUUUGGCUUUGGCAAAAUGUAUUGAAGAAGGCGUGAACCACAUGUGGACUCUCUCUUCUUUACAGAUGCACCCACAUCCAAUGAUUGUUGCAGAUGAAGACGCAACACUUGAGCUUCGAGUUAAGACAGUCAGAUACUGGAAAUCGAUUGAGAAAGUCGCCGCCGAUGAAGGUUUCGAACAAAUCCUCCCAUCUUCUGCUCGUACGGGUCCCAAGCGUACUGUCCCUCUCGCACCGAUGGCAGAGAGCUUAAUCAAAGAAACCCCUACCAUUAUGUCUCCAAAACCUCUCACAAGCACUUUCUUAGCUGCACCAGCUACCGAGUAUCCCAUUCGCAGAAGCAUUACUCCAGACUUAAUUCCCGACCGUAUGGGAAGCAGAAUCGUGUCGGUUUAACCCUGCGGUUAGUAAGUGGGUUACAGAUUCGAUAAUAUUGGGUGGGUGGGCACGGGAGGAUCACAUUGGGUUACAUGGACACAAGAUAACAAGUUCUUCUCUUCGUAGCGGAGUUGUUAGUCUUCUUACGGAUUAUUUGCGGGGGGUAGAUCUACUCGAUGCUUUUCUUACUCUUCUCUUUACUUUCUCCUUUUGACAAUAUGUAUCUUUGCAAGAUGCUGAGUCCCUCCUGCUUCUUUUGUUUUUUACGGGCUAGGGAGUCGGGAACUUAUUUUACAUUAAAGUAAAUGCAUCUGCACUAAACUUCUAAGAUUCCCACGAAUCCUGUGUAUUACUAGAUAGAUGAGAGUAAAUGAGAAAUGAAUAAAUGAAUAUAAAUUAAUCA